CGCGCUGAUUUGUAUCAACACCUCCCCCUUUCCGUCCCUGAGGUGAGUCCUCGCGGAAGAGCCGUUACCUGGUUACAGGCGGGCGAUGGAGCUCGGAGUUAUAACGAGCUGACGAGCGUCCAGAACCGCAGAGCCGGUGCCCGAGGAGGACCCCACGCCUCGCGCUGUCUACCGGAGAGGACACGAGACAGGACAGGAGACUUUUUUUUCCCGCGUCGCGCUUUUCCCGCCUUUCAAGCUGCCCGGAGUCGCGCGCCGAGCCGUUGGAACGCAGCCGCGCUGUAGAGGAGCGACGCCAACGCAGGUAAAGCUAAAACGCUGACCAGAAAAACCAAAAUUCUGACAGAAAACAGCGCAGAAAAGACACUUUCCCGCCUCUUCCCUGUCAGGAUGAGUCCCAGGAAUCACAGUGCGCCGCUUUCUCCCGGUUUAGUCCAGGGCCAUGGCCACCAGCUGAGCACUGCUUGAGAGAGAGAGGGUACCAGGGCUAUGAUGGAGUUUACCUCUGCAGACGCUUCUGCCAUAGCAGAGCUUUGUUGCAACAUCUCCCUCCCAGGGUUCCUCUUCAACGACACAUUCCUCAACAACACAUGCCACUUUAACACCUCCAAGUGUGCCAAUGGAACUAAUUCUGGUGACCGGCCAGGCACAGGAGUGGCAGGAGUACUAAUCCCUCUCAUAUACAUCAUCGUCUGCAUCGUUGGCCUGGCCGGAAACACUUUGGUCAUCCACAUAGUCCUACAUUACUCCAAGACAGAAUCUGUCACCAACAUCUACAUCCUCAAUCUAGCCAUUGCUGAUGAGCUUUUCAUGCUAGGCCUCCCAUUCCUGGCCGUCCAGAAUGCCAUGAUGUCUUGGCCGUUUGGCUCCUUCAUGUGCCGUCUGGUGAUGACAGUUGACGGAAUUAACAUGUUCACCAGUAUCUUUUGUCUAACAGUGAUGAGCAUUGACCGCUACUUGGCUGUGGUACAUCCCAUCCGCUCUUCCAAGUGGAGGAGGCCACAGGUGGCCAAGGCAGUGAACGGAUCAGUAUGGGCUUUGUCCUUCUUGGUGGUACUGCCUAUGGUCAUCUUCGCCGACGUCUCUGAAAAAGGAGGUACAUGCAACAUCAACUGGCCACAACCAUAUGAGAUCUGGCGUGCCGCAUUCAUUAUUUAUACCUCUACGGUGGGUUUCUUCUUCCCCUUGCUGGUCAUCUGUAUGUGCUACCUGCUCAUUGUGGUCAAGAUCCGCAGCUCUAGCAAGAAGGUCCAUGCCACUUCUACCAAAAGGCGCAAGUCUGAGCGCAAGGUAACUCGCAUGGUCGUGAUAGUGGUGGCCGUGUUUGUUUUCUGCUGGCUCCCUUUUUAUGCUCUGAAUAUCAUAAACUUGAUCGUGUCUCCACCGAGUAACAACCUUCAGGGCCUUUACUACUUUGUGGUGGUCCUGUCUUACGCCAACAGUUGUGCCAACCCCAUCGUUUACAGUUUCCUCUCUGACAACUUUAAGCGGGGUUUCCGGAAGGCACUGUGCCGCUCUUCUAGGAAAGUGGAAAACCACGAACCUCCAGAGCGCCAGGAGCAAGAAGAGCGCAGACAGAUACUAAUGCCCAGAGAAAGCCUGCGCAGGGUGGUUAGAGAUGAUGAAGAAGAGGAUGAGGAUGAGGACAGGGAGGAAGUGACUGAGAUGACUGAAAUCUGCAAGAUUACCCAGAAUGGAAAUGGCAGCGGACGGGCCGAGAGUGCCCAUGCCUUGUUCUCCGAGAGGCCAUUAGCUCCAGGGCUGUCUGAGCCUGGUACCCCAGACAGGAGAGGCCCAGGUGGGGAUGGGCUUGGUAAAGGUUCUGGCUAUGGACCAUCCACAACCCUGCUGAACGGGGCAAAAAAUGGCAGUGUGAAGCCCUUGCCAGAGGAGCCUGUGGAGAAGAACGCCUCACUGGAGAUUAGCUACUUGUAACAUGACUCUAAAUACGUUACAUGAAGCAGAGCCACAGUAUUUCUAUCAUUGUAAUGUUUAGCCUAACUGCCACACUGGAGCCUUGUUCAAAUUUGCAACUUCUCUCAAAUUCUCUUGUGAGCCCUGACUGAAACCUCUUCUCAAGAAGAGAAUGUACUGACAAUGUUAUUUCUUUUGUAAUUAUUCUGUAAAUUAUAGAAGCUUAAAUUAUGGAAUACUCCUCAGCAGCAGUUGGCCUUACUGUUCACACUAUAGAGUUUGUAAAGAUGAUAUCGUCGCUGUUCUGCCUGUGUUCUCAAAUUCCAUCUCGUGCAAUUCAGGUGAUACAAAAAUCACUUCGUCAAUAUGCUUGCAUGAACAUUCUCUAAAUUUGUCCUGGGCUUUUUUCCACCCUGAUUGAUACCAUAACAGUGAAACAAAGCUGAUUUUCAUUUGCACUAACAUGUAAUUGAAUCAGAAAUGCUUUAGUUCAAGAGUCCUGCUUCAGUUGAUGACAUUAAGCAGACACUUAUGUAAACAAAACUCUGUUGUUUGACUUGGCAUUGAUUACAUAGACACAUUAACACCCUUGACAGUCCGUGGUCAUCUGCAUCUGGUUACAGAUCAGUUUGUUUCUUUAUGAUGUUUGUGGAUGGCCAUUUAUGUAUUCUAUGUAAAUAUUUUUUAGAAGCCUCCCUCAGGAGCCUUUUAAAUGAAAUGUGUGUUGUGUUGGAUAGAGGAAUCUUUUUUUUUUUUAAUUUCAUAUUUUUGUGAACAAUACUUGAAGAUGCAUUAAAGUGCUCUGACAGGUUACAGUCUACAACCCUGUUUCCAAAAACGUUGGGAAGCUGUGCAAAAAAUAAUUAAAAACAAAAUGCAAUGAUGUGCAAAUCACUUAAAACACAAAUACAUGCCUGUUACGAAUUUGAUGCUAGAAACAUGACUCAAAAAAGUUGGGAUAAGCAACUAAAAUGUGUGUGUGUGAGGCUAAAAACACCUGGUGGUUAGGCAACAGGUCAGUAACAUGACUGGGUAUAAAAAGAGCAUCACAGAGCAGCUGAGACUUUCCGAAGUAAAGAUGAGGAGGGGUUCACCACUCUGUUAAAGUGUGUCAUAAUGUAAAAUAAUGUAAAAUAGCGAAAAGCGAGGCUUUCAUUAUCUCUGGUACAUGAUAUCAGUUGAAGAAAGAAAUGUAUUCAAGGAGUAAGGCCAAAAAAUAUUUUGGCUGGUCGUGAUCUUUGCACCCUCAGGCAGCACUGCAUUAAAAACAGACAUGAUUCUGUAACAGAAAUCACUGCAUGGGUUCAGGAACCUUUCCAAAAACCACUGUCUGUGAACACAAUUUGCUGAU